UAUUAUUAUUUAAUAUUUAAUAUUUAAUAUUAUUAUUAUUAUAAAUAUAUUUACUGGUUGGCUCCGUUAAGCUCUGGUACAGUUCUUCUUCCCCGCUCUUAAAACAGUGGCGAUGUGCUGCAACCUGCAGCCUGCAAACACAUGUAUCUUUCAAAAUAAGAGCACAUAGAUGUGUUAGCAGAGUCCACCACAGAAUUUACAAGAAGACUGUCAAAAUAAAAUGCCUUAAAUAAAACCUAGAAGAACCUUUAUUCUCCUUUUACAAUAAUUCUCUAAAAUAUGCAAUGAUUAAGAUGGAAUAGUUCAUUAGAUUGUGUGAGAGGCGCCAAAUUUAGGCUUUUAGGUCAAAACUGUUCCAAGUUGCUGUUGCACUACAAGUUAGUUUAAAAUAAUUGUAAAAAUAAAUGGCUUGAAUCGGCUGUAUUUAUUCAUGUUUUACAAAGGGUUUAACCUGAACCAGGCCUUACCACAAUGAUAAUCAUACCACAGUCAUGCAGUAGUAUGAUAUUUUUUUACUGGUAUCGGAUCGGUACUCGGUAUCGGCCGAUACCCACUGCACAAGUAUCGGGAGGGGAAAAUUGGUAUCGCAACAUCUCUACUUAAAACUGUGCUUGGCGGUGUUGUAGUGGGUUGUUCUAGUGUCUAAUGUAUCUCCAGGAUGAUAAUGACAGAUUGCACCAAAGUCUAAGCAAUUGUUACUUUGCCCAAGGCCUGUCUUUCUACCAAAUUUCAUAGGAAUCCAUUUAGAUAAUGAGAUAUCUUGGUGACGCACAGAUGGCUGCAACAGGUGGGGGAAAAAAACCUCUUACCUCCUUGGUGGAUGUAAAAGAGUCUGUGCAGGCAUUAGUCACACAGCUCCUGUAAAAACAACGAUCCGAACACCCGACAGACUUCCGGUGUCUGUACCAUUGGUAGGGCUCACAGUUGACAGAAAUGGCCGUAUUGUGGUGGUAUGAACAUUAAAGAGAGCUCCAGAAAGUGAGAGGGAGACAUGACAUACCUGUAGGAAAGGUACCGCCAACAACAAAACAAAAAAGAGACAGACAAGUACAUUUACACCACAAACACUCAGUGUUUGAAUAUACUAAUAAAACAGUUAAAAGACUGAAUCCACCUGAGGUUCGCCAGUUUCUAACUGUCCACCUGAUGGUGUCAAAGUGAACUGUUGAACUUAAGGCCACAGGAUGUAUGACAGUAUGUUUAGUCUUUAGAAGUGGCCUAAUAAACCUGUUUUAUGACAAUGCUUUCCCUGUGAUGUGGUUCUCUGCCACAGUAAACUCAUGGCAAAAAAGUUUUAAAAAAAUACUCUGUUUUGAAAAUUCUCUAAGUAGGCUGGCUUACUGUGCAGCCAUGACUGAAACAGGUGACUGACGGAGGCUUUUGCAGGACCUAACUCUGUCCAGUGAAACCAUGAACCUCUGCUCCAAAUGUUUUGCUGACAUCCAGAAGAAGCAGCCAGGGGAGGACUGCACCUCCAAGCCCAUCCAAAGCACUGGGAGUAGCCAAUCGCCAGUCUUCAGUAGCGAGACGAGCAGUAGCAGUAGCCAAUCCCUCUUGUCGUCGCCGCCCUCCAGCUCCGAGCCGCCGUCAGCCGAAGAGCCCUCGCCCACGUUCCCCAGCACGAGGGAAGGCAUGUCGUCCACAGAAACAGCCCAAGGCACACUCUGCACACCCACAAAACGUCCACGAGAAUCAGCGUCGGGCUCGGAGAGCGAGGCGACGCCGGAGAAGCGGCCACGGACAGAUGAGAAGGAGGGGAGCAGCGAGGAGGCCCGCGGGACGCCCAAGCAGAAGAACCGCCGGCGCUGCUACCGCUGCCAAACCAAGCUAGAGCUGGUGCAGCAGGAACUGGGCUCCUGUCGCUGUGGCUAUGUGUUCUGCAUGCUCCACCGUCUCCCCGAGCAGCACGACUGUCUGUUCGACCAUCUGGGCCGCGGGCGCGAGGAGGCCGUCCUCAAGAUGGUGAAGCUGGACCGCAAGGUGGGCCGCUCGUGCCAACGCAUCGGGGAGGAGUGCUCCUGAUCGGCCACGCCGCCACGCCGUGACCAGCCAUCCAGUUAGAGAAGAGGCGCUUAUAAAGAGGAGGAGGGAGGAAGAGGAGGAGAGCUGGGAGGAAUGACAAAUGGGGUGACGGGUGGGAGGGGGGGAAGGGAGGGAUCGGGGGGGGGGAAGAAGAGGAAGAAGGGGAGGAGUAACAUCCUGCAUCCGACCCGACAAUUCUGGAUCUGAGCUUUGACGCCCUGUCGACGUCCUGAUUUCCCGCGUGGAGCGUCUGUUCGGACGAGGCUCUGGACGGGGCCGACGAGGAGGGGGAGGGGCCUCCUGUUCUGCGGAGCCACGUUCAGUAUCGCAUGUUCACACACACAGCCUUAACCCCGCCCCCCCCCGGUCUCCAGAGGGAGGAACGCCGCUGAGACGGAUCCAGUUCAUUACGCACACGUUUCUUGCCACGUCUCCUCCUCUUUUUUUUUUUUUUUUCCACUACGGGAAGUUAUGGAACUGUCGUAGCGUUGGGCUGAACUUUGGAUUUGCAAUUUUUUUUCCCAUUUCUCGGUCGCGGGUGAGGGGUCCACCAGCUCCGACCCACGGCCACUCCUCAGGUCGUCAUAAAGGGGGUUGGAGUAUCAAACCUUGUAACCCCACCUUCCUCUUCUUCUUCUUCUUCUUCUCCUUUUUUGUUUUCUUCCACCAUCAGUGAGGUCCAUGUGCAGCAUCACUAACCGUGUGUGGUUGUGCAUGGUGCCAACAGUGUAUUUGUGCAGGUUUGAGUGUGGUAACGUGAGGCAGUCUAAGGAUUCUGUCCCGGUUUGAUUUUUAUUUUUUUUUCUCUCGUGUGGCCGUCAUGGUGAUUCGCUCCGUUUUUACUGCUUGACCACGGCGUCGUGGAGGACAAUACAGCCAAUCCCUGCCUCUGCUCACACCGACUGUUGACAUAUAAAUACAAAAAAAUGAAAAAAAACCACACUAAUGGACAAGAAUCACUCGGUAAAUCCUCUGUGUAGCAGAUCCUCUUCUCCCUCUUUUACCUCCCUUUUUUUCUCCCUAAUUCACUGAGUAGUCCUGUUGUUUUACAUUAAGGGGAACACGACUGAAUUUUUGUAUUCAAACGAAGACUUCCUCGCCGAAACGCCAUGUGUUCAUUUAGAAAAGGUUAUCGCCGAGGGUCUCUGAGGUAGAGGGCUAAAUUGAAUGCAUAAAUUACGUACUACCCCUUUAAAUUGUUCCAUAAUUUAUUUCUUAUUUUAAUUUCUUUUGUGGGUAGAAUUAGGUGUCAUUUGAUUUUCAGAUCGAGGGGAAAUAAUUCUUAAAAUUUCCUUUUUUUUUCUGCAUUGAUUGCUGCCCGUGGGGCGUUUUUACUUAAUCAAUAAUAGAUUUGUCCCACAGUUUGAAUCAGUGAUGUCAUAUUGAUACAAAAAUGAACCAAAAGCUGGUUUAUUUAAAAGCAGAAAUACCUGGACACUUCAGUUUAGAUAAAAAAUAAACUUUAUCCAGCUGUUUUUUUCUUGUUUCUUUUGACAUCACAGAUUCAAGCUGCUUCCAGUUAACCUCGGCUGCUUUUGGCUGCAGAAAUAAUCCUUAUAAUAACCUUUUUGAUGCACAACAUGGGUCUAAAGUGACCCGUCUGAGUUUUAAAGAUCUAUAUCUUUGCAAUAAAUGAAUUUAAUCAUUGAGUAUUCCAGGUUUUCCUCAAUUAACUUGAGAAAAAAAACAUUUUUCUUCAUAAAAUGUGAAGGGAAAAAUGGAUGGAAAUAAUGGUCUGUUGUAAUAAAAAAAACAGUAUAUUCAAAGGAUACAAAGCUGCAACACUUAUUCAAUUAAUCAAACAAUAAUCGAUUAUUAAAUUAAUCGUCAACUAUUUUGAUAAUCGAAUAAUUGUUUGAGUUUAAAGACAAUAAGUCCAAAUUCUCUGAUUUCAGCUUCUUCAGUGUGAAUAUUUAUGGUUUCUUUGUUCCUUUAUGACAAUAAACUGAAUAUAUCUUUGGUUUGUGGACAAAACAAGAGAUUUGGGAAACACUGUGUGAUAUUUUUCAACAUUUUAUUGACCAAACAACUAAUCGAUUAAUCGUUCGAAUAGUCGAUAAUGAGAAUAAUCGUUACUUGCAGCCCUAAAAGAUUACUUUGAAUAUUCAAUCAUGAAAUAAAUUGAUUUCAAAAGAUAGAGCAAAGAAACACACAGCAGAUUGAAAUAACAUGGGGAAUAAAUGCGGGUCAUUUUUUGACUCGGGUUGUGCAUCAAAGUGUUAAAUUGAGUGGUUUUCCCUUUUUUUCCCCUCAUUAUUUCCUUCCUUAUUGUUUCAAUUAGCCUCCACAGUCUGACUGCUUGGACUUUGUGCUGUGCAUAUUGUUCAGUUUCACACCUCUCUUCCUUUUUUAUCUCCCCCUCUCCUUUUAAAGGUGAAUUUUACCAAAAUCAACUUUGUUUUGUUUGCAGAAACUUCCUUUUUAAAUUAAUUUUUGUUGUUGUUUGUUUUGGCAUUUAGCACUCACUGUAGGUGCAUUAAAAGUUUGGGUAACACUUUAUAUUAAGGAACACGUAUUCAACAUGAAUUAGUUGCUUAUUAGCAUGUAAAUAAGUAACGGCUCUUAAUUAGUCAUUAUUAAGUAGUUAUUAAUGCCUUAUUCUGCAUGGCCUUAUUAUACAACCAGUAAGCCAUUAACUAAGAGUUUUCCCUCAAUAACCUCAGAAUUAUUGCUAAUUAGUAGUAAGUAAGGAAGUUGUUGUAUAUGAGUUAUGAUCUUAAUAUGCUUUACUUUGUAUGGACUUUAUAAGUCUCUACAUAGCGUUGAACGAAACCAUGGAAACGGCAAUUUUAGGUGAUUGUGGGUUAUUGACAUUACAAUCUACCAUGCUGGUUGUAUUAUAAGGCCAUGCAGUAUAAGGCACGGUACUUUAAUAAUGACUAAUUAACCCAUUUAGGCCUAAAUCUCUGGGCGAUUUAAAAAAAUAUAUACAUAUAUUUUGAGAAUAAAGUUUACGAGAUUAAAGUGGCAAAUCUACGACAAAAAAAAGUGCAGAUUUACGAGAUUUAAAGUGGUGAAUCUGCGAGAAAAAAAGCUGCUUUUUUCCCCACUUUUUUUUGUAAAUCUGCGACUUUUUUCGCACAGAUUUGCCACUUAAAAAGUCGCAGAUUUGGGAGAUUUAUUCUUGUAGAUUUGCCACUUUAAUCUCGUAAAUUUGCAACUUUUUUCUCGAAAUAUUUCCCGGGUUUGUAUUUUUAUUCAUACUUGCCCUAAUAUGCCGUCAUAGUCAAGUUCUCCUCCUACAAGUCACUGAAGAAUAACCCUGUUUGUACGACAACUAAAUUUACGUGUGCUUCUCAUAUAUAAGGUGCUUUAAAAAAAGACAUUCAGACAUUACGCAUAUGUAAUAAGUAGUCUAAAAAGAUAAUAAAUAGUUUAAAGGUAAAGGAUAAAGUGAUGAUGUAUGCAGAUGAUGUGGUGUUGUCUAUUUAGGGUUGCUGUGGGAAAGAGACUAUAAUAAAUAUAAUAAUAAUAAUAAUAAUGACUCAAUUGACCUCGAUUUGCAAUAUAAAAAUGAAACAUUUUGCAAAAAGUCUUGUAAUAUCCUCUGUUAACACUUCCAGGAGUGCCCUAUAAAGGGUUAAGAGCCAAUAUGUUACUUAUUUGCAUGUUAAUAAGCAACUAAUUAAUGUUGAAUAUGUGUUCCCCUAAUAUAAAGUGUUACCAAAGUGUGUUUAAUCCAGGUACGGACUCUCUUUAUGAAAUGUGCUCUGCAGCAUCACGUGAAAUGCAACUUAAUGAUGUUGAAUUGUAUAUUUUGGAGAAACACGAAGCAGUUGUUUUUUGUUUUUUUGCAAAUGAACUUUGGGAAAAGUUGAUUCAGGUGGAGAGCUUCUAACCAGACACCACUUAACUAUGCUAACCCUCAUGCACAAGUUAUCGUUUCUCCUCCUCACCUCUCCACAACCCGGCUCGUCUUUUCCAACGAGAACUCAGCGAGGGAUAAAAGGGAGCUCGGGCUGGUUCUUAUUUCGAUAUUUUGGAAAAAAAACGUGUUCCUUUUUUUUUUUUUUUUUGAGUGCUAAUGAGAAAUGGAAGAAAUGGAAUAUCUUUCUGUACCUUUUUAGAGAAAAAAAUUAUUUAACCUUAUAUCAGUUUGAGUUACUUACACCCUAGCAUAGAGUGGCAUAUUUAGUUAAAUGUAUAAAAAAAAAAGCAAGAACAUAAUUCUGUCCUAUUUUCUCCUUUUAAUUUUAUCGUGUUCCAUUUUCUGCUAAGGAAAAUAAACUGGAUUAGAGGAUGUGUUGUGUGUGUGUGUGUUAAUCUGUUUCUUUUGCUCAUAUUAAUAUUUGUUUGACACUGAAAAUAAAUCAACAGAAUAAAUCAAAA